UUCUCAGAGGUGCUAAAAAUAUUUUUAUAGCUAACGAAACAAAAAACACGAAUGCUGUUGUAGAACAUAGACUAAAAAUAUGGAGAGAAAGUGGAAUAAAAAUCACAAUUCGUGAAGAAUUAGACUCUACGCACAGUCAAAAUGUAAACAGUCUUCUUGAAGAAGCUGGCACACUUGGCACAGUAGAUGCAAUUUUCGACCUUCAGCGCCUUAACAAUUUAUCAAGAAGGUCCUCUAACUCGAAAUAUUUAUUCACCAAACAUCUGUUUAAAGAAUCUAAGCAAAUGUGCCCUAAAUUACGCCAUUUUGUUGUCUUAUCAUCAUGCAUCCAUAUCAAAGAAAGAAUUGACGACAUUUUAUUACGAGAAAUUGAUUUAACCAAAAUUUUCCAACAAAAAUCAAAAGAAAUCAAGGGACUUUUAAUUUUCCUCGGACCAGUAUGUGGAAUUACAGAAAGCACAAAUGAAAAGAAUGUACCCAUCUUAACUAAUUCCAUUAUCAUAGACCAAAUAGAUACUUUAAUUAGAUCAAACGCAUCUAUUGUUGCUAUGUCCUAUAAACCUUUAGCAAUCGAGCAGAAAAAGUUAGAGAAAAAUAAUAUUGCCAGUGAAGAAUCAGAAAGGUCAAAAUUCGAAAAUUACAUUAAAGGAAGUGUAUCAUCAUUUUGAAGGCAUCAAAAUUGAAAAUAAAACAUUAAGAUUAAGAUCAUUGUAUACAUUUUUGAAAAUUAAUACUAAUUGUCAAAACAAUUAUAUUGUAAUAAUAUUUAAAAUUUCGAAAAAUCUAACCAUAUGUGA